UUGGGAGGGACGCGGAGCGGAGACGCUGCACGAGUGGACAUGGGCACGGCGCUGGCUACGCGGCUCGGCCUGGGGCUCCUGCUCCUGGCGCUUCUCUUACCCACUCAGACAGGUGGUGAGAAUUCAACAUCUGCAACUCCCUUGCACAGUAAUUCAAGUUCAACUUCAUCUGUGCCAUUAAGCACACUGAACAGUACCACCACCACCAAGGGACAUGGAAAUGCCCUUCAGUCAACUACUGGCCUCUUCAUUUUCUCACUCUCUCUUCUAUAUAUUUGCUAAGAGACUCUGGCUGGAAAACUCUUGCUAUUCCCUACCCAAUCCCCUUACUCAUCUGAAAUGGUUAGAUCUUCAAAACUCGGCAUGAAAAAAAAGCGCCACAGAAUGCCUACACCAAGCCAAUACAGCUGAUACUGUAAUCCAGUUAUUGCUUCCAAUCUGACCUGCACAGUUUCUGAUCCACAGCCAUUUCCCCUGAAAACAAUUUGACCACCAACAGCCAGAAGGUAAUGGGUCAACUUCAGUCUUCAACAGCUGGAACUGGAAAUACGAAAUGAGAAGUACAGUGUGACUAGCCAUGGAUAAUACCUCCUCUGUGAAAAAUGUUAGCUGAUACAUAGUUCAGGAUGCUAUGCAAAGCAAGGACAUUAAUUUGAAAACGAAACAGAGCCUCUAAGCUGACAAAACCACUAGAACAUACAACAGCUGAAAUUAUUGAUCCCUGCUUGAUACUAUAUAGAUGGAUGUUCCCAGCAGCAGCCAAGUUCCAUCCUGCAGCUCACCACGGUGGAAUUGCCAGGAAGCUUAAAUCCAACCGAUUUUUAUGCCUCUGUUUAAUGUGUGGCUGUUCUCAUUAAGCUUGUGUAGUUCAUUGGCAAAUCAUCUCAUUUACUGUGGUAUAUCAGAUUUCCAUUUUAUUAUAAAGUUGUUAUAAAUGAAACAAUGUGCCAGCAAAACAAGGUAUUGAAAGACAUCUCAAUAGCUUUUACUAAGCAAGGGAUAAAACCAUCGCCAAAUCUUAGAACAGAUGUUUCUUUCUUUUUUUCCUCCUGGCAACUUCCUUCCAAAAUCUGAGUAACUUCAGAUGUUAAUUUUAAUUUGAUGUAAUUUGUAUAAUCUUCAUAAUUGUUCACCUUGAUUCUUUGAUACCAUUUUUGGCAGGGAACAGAAGAAAACAAGUUUGUCAGACUGGGGACUAAAUGUGAAAUCAAGAAUCUUUAAAUAUAUCUCUUAAAUUGAUUCUGACACAGACUUCCAUAAUUUGUUUCUAUACUAAAUGAUCUGGACAAUUUCUUUGAGCUCGAGCUGGCAUUAUGAUGAAGGUUCAGUUUCUAAAUACAUAAAUCUUCAGAAAAUUAAAACUUUGUUGACACAAUGAUGGGUAUGUCUCUUGUCCAUACAAAGGUCCUGUUGGAUUACUAUGUGUUAACUGCUUUAAACAAAACCUGUCUUCUGAUUUGUCAGCCACUUAAAACUUAAUCUAUGCCUUGUGAAAUUCCUGUAUGGCAAAAAUUGAUAGAAUAUUAUGGGGAGUAUGUGUGCACUUCUUAACUCUUGUAUCCAGUGCACUGUUUGAUUUUUUUUUUUGGUGACAGUAUAACUAUGCUUUGAGUUCAGUUGGACAAACUGUAAAUAAUAAUAAUAAAAACCUGAUAAGAAUUG